UUGUCAGUGGUCCUCUACUCAUGUAGGCUACUGAUGCUGAAGAACACCUGGAUGAAGGAAUUGCAGCUCAACUUUUCGAUAAUAAAAAAAAAAAUCUUAGAUCAUUUGUAUUUUAUUUAGGCAACAACUAUGAAUUACUACAUUCUGUCCUUAAUAUGGGCGAUGACAUUACCUGCGUGCAUGGCCAUCCAGGGAUUAUACAAUUUCGGUCAGCCCGAGUUAUUCUUCAAAAAGAAUAACUGCAAGCCCAUCCCGGCCAAUCUUCUCUUGUGCCAUGACAUCGAAUACACUGAGAUGCGCCUCCCGAAUCUUCUCGGGCACGAGACCAUGAACGAGGUUUUGCAGCAAGCCUCUUCGUGGAUUCCACUGGUCCAGAAGCAGUGUCACCCCGACACGAGGAAGUUUCUUUGCUCUCUCUUUGCACCGGUGUGUCUGCACGAUUUGGACGAGCCUAUCCAGCCGUGCAGGUCGUUGUGCGUGAGCGUCAAACACGGUUGCGCACCGGUGAUGUCCGCGUUCGGGUUCCCGUGGCCAGAUAUGCUUGACUGCGAGCGCUUCCCCCAAGACAAUGACCUGUGUAUCCCUCCAGCGGGCAUCGAUUAUUCCAUGCCUGUCACCAAAGAAGUGCCCAGAGUGUGUGACGCCUGCAAGGACAAGGAGGAAAAUGACAAUGAAAUAGUUGACAACCUGUGCAAAAACGACUUCGCCCUGAAGAUCAAGGUAAAGGAGAUCUCCUACAUGAACGGCGACACCAAGAUCGUGCCCGAGACCAAGAGCAAGACCAUCUACAAGCUGAGCGGUGUGACGGAACGAGACCUGCGCAAGACGGUGCUCUGGCUCAAGGAUGGCCUGCAGUGUGUGUGCGACGAGAUGAACGACAUCAACGCCUCCUACCUGGUCAUGGGCCAGAAGAUGGAUGGCCACCUGGUCAUCACCUCGCUCAAGCGCUGGCAGCGGGGCCAGCGUGAGUUCAAGAGGAUCUCGCGCAGCAUCCGCAAGCUGCAGUGCUGAGCGAAGCCAGACUCAAGACCCGAUGAGUCUUAUCUAAACUCUAAGAGCCGGAUCUGGUCCGAUCCGAAUGCAACUAGUUCUCAGUCAGUAUUGUUAAACGUCCUGUUUUUAGUACCAUGUUUAGCGCUGCCAUAGGCUACUUUUCAACACGUUUAUUGUCUAUUAGGAUUUCAUUUGAUCCAUCAAUAGUCCUUAUAAGAUAACACAAAUCACAUACAUUACAUUAAAAUCAAAGACAAACAGGUGAAUAUUGCAGGUCUACUACAUACUACCUGUAAUGUUGUAUGCAUAUUUCAGUGUUUCUGAAAAUAUUAAAAAUCAUUAUUUUCAUUUUUCCAUUAUGCAAUGCAGUCUGUUAGGCUACACUUAUCCAGGCUGGAUACAUUUAGUGCAUUGGCCUAUCAUUAGAUGAUAGGGAGAGUGUGUGGUUUCUGUGUGCAUGGUGCGAUAUUGUUUCAGAUGUAUUCUUUAACAUGAUGAUAUGGUAUGUAAAGAAAUACAAUGUAAUGUGCUUUUUUACUUAUUAUUUUUCUCAAGCAAUGAGAGAUAGCUGGCUAUAUUCUCUGCCUUUUAGAUAGUACUUCCAAUGUACCCCUGGCAUUGCAAGUUCAGCAGCCCAAAGCAAGGCCCAUAUCAUUGCAGUGACGACAAUCAAUUAUUUGACCCUCUGCAGUCAAUGGACUAUGUCACCUUUUUGUACAUGAGCCUCAAUACUGCACUGUUCAUUUUUCUACCACAAUUAUUGAUUCUGAAAUAUUUUUCUGUUUCAAGCUUUUUCAAGUAAAUUCCUUUGACAUUGGUGA